UUAAGCCAUUCAUUGGUUCGCUGAUUUGGUUCCCAUUAUCGAGCCGACGCACGAUUGAUCGUAAGGGCAGGAAAACAGUCAGUAAUUGCGUCAGGAAAAAUAAUUUAAUGAGAAAACAACUGAGAUAGCAACUUGAUUUUAGCUUUUUUACAGUUAACUUAAAUGACCAGAUAGCAGAGCUGAAACAUAGAAUAAUAAAUGAAAAUGCCGAUGAAGAAAUCUUUCCCAAUCACUGAAAGUUCAGAUGAUUCUGAUGACUUUGGUCCGAAAGAAAAAAGACAGAAGAUGGAAAAAGAUUCUCACGAAUAUGUGGCUCGAAGAGAAAGAAACAACAUUGCUGUACGCAAGAGUCGUGAAAAGAGCAGAGCUAAAGCAAAGGAAACAAUGGAGCAGGUGAAUAAAUUGCGGAAGGAAAAUGAAAAUUUGGAGCAAAAGGUUUCAAUCCUUUCCAAAGAACUGAGUGUGUUGAAGGAUCUGUUUCUUGCCCAUGCAGGUGAUGUCAACAAUUCUAUUGCUACUUGUCCAUCUCCACCGCCUACAACGGUUACAGUGCAGGUCACUGCGUCACCAAAUGAUCAUCAGUACUCUGCAAAGACCGCCAGCAAUUGACUCGUGGCGUGCUGUGGUUUAUCACAUACAUGUAUAAGCCACAGCAUCAUCUCAGAAUUAUUAACUGUCGGGAAAUCACCUGGACUUAUGGAUGUUGAUAUAGUGUAUUUUAUUAUUUCACAUACAAAUCAUGGGAUCACACAUUGCUUUGCUGUUAAAUGUUACUGCCAUAGCUUGACAUACUUAAUAAUUGUUUAUUUUGAAAAAUGCAUAAAGAUCAAUAUGUUUUAUUUGUCUCUUACAGCAUAUAGAUAACAGGAAGCUGAAUUAAACAUUUGUUGAUGUUGGUUUAUUUUAAGCUGUGUUAUUACAUAUUUUAUUUUAAAUAUUUUACAUGUGGAAAUGACAUAACAAGUCAUAUGAUUCAGCAUAUCGCCAUAUUGUUUUGUGAAGAUAUAAUGAUUAAAAGGAUGAUAUUUAA